GAAAUCUGCGUGGUGCGUUAUGCUUGCUCACAAAUUGACUAGCAUAGCCUGAUGAGAAGGUGCUGUGGAUGAUGAGAGCCUAAUUGCCGUCCCUGCAUCAGCAGCAUCUAGGAAGCAUCCUGGGAAUUGCUUGCCCUACGCUCAGAGCAGCUGAUCACAUGAGCCUGAAUUUUCAGUUCAGUUCAUUAGUCAGCCAUUUUGGUCAACACCCUGCUUACUGCGCACAACCAAUCCUAUCAGCACUCGCUGUCCUGGCUUAUCUGGGAAGAAAGGGACCAGACCAGCAGUUUGAUUUCAGCAGACCUGGAUACCUGGCUCUACGUUCUUCCUUUGUUUUUGCUUGGGUAAUCAUCAGAGGAAGCCAUUCUUUUUCCUUCUUCUGCUUUUUAUUUUUUAAUUUUUUUUUUUACCUUUUUUUUUUUUUUCCCCUCCUGUCUUUGAUGCAGAAGCCAGGUUUUCUGUGGUUGGUUAGGAUCGAUAGCCUCUAGCAUAGCUGAAGACAACGACAGUUGGUGGAAAGGAGGAGGGAGGAAGAGACGAGCGUGAAGGAGCCGCGUUUUUACCUUGCUUUAUAUAUGAAAAGGCCAGAGCAGUCUGUGCGAUCCUGAGCGUAUCUGUCCUUUAGUAGCAAGGUAUUUCUUAUUUUCUUCUUCAGAAAGCUUUUCUUUUUAGUUCUUAUUUUUUUUUCCCCCCAUUGUUGUUGUACCAGCUGAGUCAUCAUGUCUGCUCUGACGCCUCAAAGCGACAUGCCAACCCCCACCACAGACAAGAUCACUCAGGCUGCCAUGGAGACCAUCUAUCUUUGCAAAUUCCGAGUGUCGAUGGAUGGAGAAUGGCUCUGCCUGCGUGAGCUGGACGACAUCUCGCUGACACCCGACCCAGAGCCGACCCACGAAGAUCCUAAUUAUCUCAUGGCUAAUGAACGCAUGAACCUGAUGAACAUGGCGAAACUGAGUAUCAAGGGGUUGAUUGAAUCGGCGCUUAAUCUGGGCAGGACACUGGACUCGGACUAUGCACCUCUUCAGCAGUUCUUCGUUGUGAUGGAACAUUGCCUUAAACAUGGCUUGAAAGCCAAAAAGACUUUUCUUGGGCAAAAUAAGUCAUUUUGGGGACCUCUAGAACUAGUAGAAAAACUUGUUCCUGAGGCUGCAGAGAUUACAGCAAGUGUUAAGGAUCUCCCAGGGCUGAAGACACCUGUGGGUAGAGGAAGAGCCUGGCUUCGCCUGGCCCUAAUGCAGAAGAAACUUUCAGAAUACAUGAAAGCCCUGAUUAAUAGAAAGGAUCUUCUCAGUGAAUUUUAUGAGCCUAAUGCACUGAUGAUGGAAGAAGAAGGUGCAAUCAUUGCUGGCCUCCUAGUAGGUUUGAAUGUCAUCGAUGCAAACUUCUGCAUGAAAGGAGAAGACCUGGACUCGCAGGUUGGAGUUAUUGAUUUCUCAAUGUAUUUGAAAGAUGGGAACAGCACGAAAGGCAGUGAAGGAGAUGGACAGAUAACUGCUAUUUUGGACCAGAAGAACUAUGUAGAAGAACUCAAUAGACAUUUAAGUGCUACAGUAAACAACCUACAGGCCAAGGUGGAUGCCUUAGAAAAAUCCAACACUAAACUGACUGAGGAGCUUGCAGUUGCAAACAACAGGAUUAUUACACUGCAAGAAGAGAUGGAACGGGUUAAAGAAGAAAGCUCUUACAUCUUAGAGUCCAAUCGUAAGGUCACUAAAGACAGAACUGCUGAUGGACAGGCACUGACUGAGGCACGAAAACAGUUAAAGGAGGAGACUCAGCUGCGGCUGGAUGUGGAGAAAGAGCUGGAGGUGCAGAUCGGGAUGCGACAGGAGAUGGAGCUAGCCAUGAAGAUGCUGGAGAAAGAUGUUUGCGAGAAGCAGGAUGCACUGGUGGCGCUCAGACAGCAACUGGACGAUCUCAGGGCCCUAAAGCAUGAACUGUCUUUCAAGCUGCAGAGUUCAGACAUGGGAGUUAAACAGAAGAGUGAAUUAAACAGCCGUUUGGAAGAAAAAACAAAUCAGAUGGCUGCCACCAUCAAACAGCUUGAACAAAGAUUGCGACAGGCAGAGAAGGACCGUCAGUUGGCCCAGCAGGACAACCGUCUCUUCAAGCAGGAGUUCGGGGACAAAAUCAACAGCCUCCAGCUAGAAGUGGAAGAGCUCUCCAAGCAGCGGAGCCACCUUGAACUAGAACUGAAGCGGGAAAGAGACAGAUGGUCACACAGUCACCAACGCAGCCCAGAAAACAAGAAAGGUGCAAAGAAUUGGCUAAGACAGGAUGGGAAGCUCAAAAUCCAGGAAGAAAAAGCUAAACUGAAACAGCCACUGAGAGAGGAGAACAGUGUCCUGCCACACAAGUUACUGAGCGGCACACAGGAAGAGCAGGAACAGCUGUCAGGACUUGGAAACACUGAGAUCUGCCAGCUCUGCCAGGAAGAAAGCAGCCGAGGCAAAAAAAAGAACAUCUGCAAGAACUGCGGUGGCAUCUUCUGCGAAGCCUGUUCAGCGAAUGAGCUGCCUCUCCCGUCUAGCAUUAACCCUGAGCACGUCUGCAAUCCCUGUCACAAGCAGCUCAUCCAGCAGUAUUCGAUAAGUCCCUUGUAGGGGACGGGUUGCAGAGAGAGGUGACAAAAAAUGGUUGUAGCUGAUGACGGUUUCUGGAGUUGUUGGGGGGGAAUGUGAAGAGAAGACACUUGCCUGUGGUGUUUGGAGGUCAGAGGGGAAGCAGCUUCGUGGUGUUUACGGUCUCUUGUGACUAAAACAACAGCCUGAGCCUUCCCCGUACAAAAAUCUGCCUGCUCUCAGACCUGAGCUUGUGCUGGGGACAACUGCUUUGGGAAUGUCGCGCGAAGUAGCCCCAAGGUGUGCCCGAGCAGCCUCGGGGCGCGGUGAGAACAGAGAGCCCCCACCCAAAUAAGAGCUGUGUACGUGCGCGUGCAAGUCGGGAACGUUCUCGUCCUCAAGCGUGUGGGGUGAAAGCAUGCUGCUGCUAAGCACAGGCUCACUGAAAGCAGAACGGGAGCAUUUUUAAUCCUGAUGUCUGGCUGCACUUGAAAUACCAUUUCCCCUUUCCCGGUUGCCUUUGACAAUCUCGCUCAGCCGUGCUGCAUCAGUGCCGGGCGUAAGGCGGCCAGGUAAGACACCAAUAAACACCUUCUAGCUUCGUUUCUUUGGCUCAGCCCUCCGGCCGUGGGCUUGCUGUGCAUAUCAGUAUCUAAAAACCAAACAAAGCUGUGAAAGUUCUCCUUAGGUAUUUUAGGGGCUGGGGGGGGGGGGGGUGUAGGUGGUUUUGAGGCACGCACAAUGCGAGAACUGACGACCUGCGCUGAUCUGGCACGGAAGUGCCGUAAGGCAUCUCUGACCUUCUUCUCAGAGACCCUCACUGUGACUUCGUGACUACAUGACGGUGGCCAAAGCUAAGGGUGUAACUGUACUUCCCAUCUUGGUGUGGCAACGGAACGAACUGGAUUCCCAAGUAUUUAGAUACCAAAUCCUCACCGUGACGCAGAAGGUUUAGGGCCACUUUGAUCCACCUCUCCCCCUUGUGCACAUGGAAAAGUCAUUGUAAUAAACCUGACAUUUCACUUUUUUUUUUUUGUUAGAUCAAAAUGAAAGUGAGAUGAAAUUGGAAUGCUUUUCACCUACUAGAAAUUCUAAUUUGAAACAUAGUUUAAAGAGGUUUCACUGUUCAUGCUACAUCAUUAUUUGUUGCUGUUACCUCAAGGAGUUUUACGUUACUCCAAAAAGCGGUGGUGGCUUCCUCAUGAAGCACAUAGCAUGUCAUAGUAGUGUUUGGUCUGUUUUAUACUGGAAGCCUACUUCAGUCUUUAAGACCACAGAAUGUUUUGUAGUCCACAGAAAACCAAUGUAUUUAUACGUGACAAAUGCAUUUGGUUGUGUACAGAUUUUAUUAGGGGUUAGCGGUUUAAUUCCUCGGAGAGGAUUUUCUAUUCAUUAGACUGGCUGGAACCGCAUUAAAAAGCGUGUCAGAGCUGAGGCUAUUUACGUGGCUGGUGCUAGUUUGUACCAGGACUUACUCUCCUCUAGUUCCCUCUAGGCCUCGGCGUGUUCAGCCACCCAAGUUCUCCAGCUCCUCUCGGUGCCCUUAAGAGCCAGAGCCCUUCGCAGGAGGGGCAACUUUAAAUAGUUUUUCUGGUUUUUUUUUCUCCUUGUGGUAGUUACCAGAGAGGUUUCCUUGCUGCUAUCCCUUAAAGUAGAUUUCUAGCUGUAAACAGCGUUGAAAUACGAAAAGCCUAGAACUUGGGUGUGGGCACACUGCUCUGAUGGGUGAGACACCAGAGGUGAAUGGAGAAGACACCGAAUUUAGUGGGGGUUUUUUGGGUACAUCCUGUACACAUCUAUGAGCUUUCAGAUUCUGGCAUCCAAACCCAGUGUGACUUAUCCCACAAGGAGAAAGUGAGACCCAAGCAAUUCCCACCUUAGAGGAUUAAACUGGAAGCAGGGCCCUCACUGUAAAUUAUUUUAAUGCCGGUAUGUCCAGCAUUUUGCAGUUCCAAAGCGACAGCUUAUUUGUGACCUGUACCCAGCUCUUGGCUGUCCCGGCAGGAGCGGCUGCCACUCUGCUUGUUGGAAGUGAAGGCUGUGACUGUCGUUCAUGUGAAAAGCAGGACAGCUCUUGAGCAGGUCCUCGGAAGUCACGCGAGAUGCCUACGAACGAGCAGGGAUGAGGGUGAAAAAACCCACCCCUUCAGAACACAGCUCUGGCGGCUGAAAUGGAAACCGGCAUUUAGAAAGGUCAGAGCGAGACUGUGCUCGCUGCCAGCUCUCUGCGUCAGCACUUGCCUCUUUCCUGCUGCCUCAGACUCCAGUGAAUGUCUCUGCCUGCAAGUAGUGCGUGUUACGCUUCGUGAUGCUGCAAAUGUUCAAGGCGUGUUUGCUCAGGUACUGCUUGUAACGCUAGAGUGUGGGUUGACACCUGGACUUUUGGAUUGUGGGGAGCAGAGGGCAGUUCUGUGGAUGUUAAUUUUGUUCCACACGAUAAUAAAAACUUGGAUCGUCUGUA